AUGCCAACGCCACCAGGGAAGCACCACGGCGUGACCACAGACGCGGAGGCGGCCGACCUCUGCUCGCCAGGGCUUUCCCUGGCAGAGCACCUCCGCUCCGCCGCCUCCAAUCCCGAGGACUUGGGCCAUCGCCGCCAGGCAGCGCCGUCACACCACCCCGCCUCCUCGCCUCCGCUGCCAACCUCGCCGAUCUCCGCCGCUCCUCCAAGCCUUCUGCUAUGCGCCGAUGCAGACCCCUGCUUCCCCGCGCCGCCGUUCGCUCCCCCGCCUGCGCCGCCCAACAGAUGUCUCGCCUCCGCGCGAAGGGAGCCCAUCAGGGCGCGCCACCCUCACCAAGCUCCGCCGCUCCUCCAAGCCUCCUGCUAUGCGCCGGUGCAGACCCCUGCUUCCCCGCGCCGCCGUUCGCUCCCCCGCCUCCGCCGCCCAGCAGAUGUCUCGCCUCCGCGCGAAGGGAGCCCAUUGGGGCGCGCCACCCUCACCGAGCUCCGCCGCUCCUCCAAGGCUCCUGCUAUGCGCCGGUGA